CGAUGUUUUCAUUUUCAUUUUCGUUUUCAUUUACGUUUUCAGCGCCGCACAACGCGGCGUAUGUGUGAUGUGCGAUGCCGAUGUGAUCUCGGGCGAUCUCAGGAUCAGUACGAAAGGGAGCAGUAUAAUUUACGCAAAAAAAUUUGUCUCCAAGAUCCGGAAUAUGGAAAGUGUAAAGGUCGCCGGACACUUUGGUACUACAAUACCAAAAGGUCCAAGUGCCAGACCUUUACCUAUUCCAAUUGUGGUGGAAAUGGCAACCUUUUCUAUACCUACGAAAGUUGCAAGGAAUUCUGCGGUAAAUACAACUGGCGUAAGGGUCCUCCUGUCCAAGGACGUCGACGUAUGGCUGCUCCUAGAAUUAAGGAACUUGAUAAAACUCCACAAUAAAAUUAACUUGUGAAUAUUAACAAUAUUAAUAAUAACUA